UUCCUCUCUGCCAUGGCGGCAACAGGUAUCUUUCACUUCUAAGACCCGUCCAUUACGGUAUCUUUCACUUCUAAGACCCGUCCAUUACGGUUAUUGCUUAGAAUGUAUCACUUGUUGGAACAUAAACUCAGAUUCGUGUUUGAUUCCCCUAGUUGACUCUUGCCCUGACGGCAAUGUGUGUGCCUCGCGCUACGAGAUAUCUGUAUACGGUGACUUCAUCUUCCAGAGGUUUAAUAGAUUCUGUGCUCAACCCAGUGAAUGUAAUGCGACUGGGGUAUACAACCAAUCUCAAAGUAGUUUGGAGAAGAUGGCGACUACAUGUUGUUCUGAAGAUCGAUGUACGUCAGCGAAGCCUAUAGUGCCAGAUGCAAGUUCACAGCCCAAUGGCCUUAAAUGUCCCAAGUGCGCCCUGUUAAGUGAGUCAUGUGGAACCUUGGAAUCCAUGAAUUGCAUGGGAGAUCAAACGAUGUGUCUUCUGGUAACUACGAAAAAAACUACAGGGUCCAUCAACGUGACUAAGAUUAAUCGUGGCUGCGCCUCCGAAGGCCUUUGCUAUCAAAAGAAUCAGACUUCAAAGGAUGGCGAGGUGUAUACAGAAAAAACAUAUUCCUGCUCCCAGGGGACACGCUCUAGUGAAGCCUCAUACACAUCAUCUGUAAAGACAGUAUGUUCGUCCGAACUGUCAGUCAUUGUGCUUCUAAUGCUGUAUAACUUGUGCUUCUAAUGCUGUAUAACUAAGGAUGAGCGAACCUGUGGAAGUUCGGGUUCGGCCGAACUUCACGUCAAAGUUCGGGUUCGGGAUGCAAACUUUCCCCCGACCCUCAACCCCCUUGAAGUUAACGGGGACCCGGACUUCACUUUAUUAUUUUUCGUUAUAAUAUGUUUAUAUUA